AUGGGUUUUUGGAGACCAGCUGUGGCAACUUGGUUUCUUAUGGUUUGGUGGUUUUUGAGUAUAGCAGUUUCUGAUCCCUUGCCACCAUGUGAAUUUCCUGCUAUUUACAACUUCGGUGACUCAAAUUCAGACACCGGUGGUAUAUCGGCCGCGUUUGAGCCAAUCUCAGCACCAUAUGGUGAGGGUUUCUUUCACAAACCAGCCGGUAGAGAUUCCGAUGGCCGCCUGAUUAUUGACUUUAUAGCUGAGCGCUUGAAAUUACCGUACUUGAGUGCAUACCUGAAUUCAAUUGGAACAAAUUAUAGGCAUGGUGCAAAUUUUGCUACCGGAGGAUCAACCAUCAGGAGGCAGAACGAGACCAUAUUUGAGUAUGGGAUUAGUCCAUUUGCUCUUGACAUGCAGAUUAAGCAAUUUGAUCAGUUCAAAGCUAGGACUGCUGAUCUCUACAAUCAAGUGAGAAGUACCCCAGAGGCAGAAAAACUACCGAGAGCUGAGGAGUUCUCAAAGGCCCUUUACACGUUUGAUAUAGGCCAAAACGAUCUUUCUGUUGGUUUCAGAAAGAUGAGCUUCGAUCAACUUCGCGCAGCAAUGCCAGAUAUCAUUAACCAGUUGGCCUCAGCAGUCAAACAUUUGCAUGAACAAGGAGGGAGGGCGUUUUGGAUACACAACACAGGCCCGAUUGGGUGCUUGCCUGUGAAUCUAUUCUACGUAUCAAACCCAGCACCUGGUUAUCUUGAUGAGCAUGGUUGUGUCAAGGCUCAGAAUGAAAUGGCUGUUGAGUUUAACGGCAAGCUAAAGGAGAGAGUUAUCAAGCUAAGAGCAGAGCUCCCAGAAGCAGCAAUAACAUACGUGGAUGUCUACUCUGCUAAACAAGGACUUAUAAGCAAUGCAAAGAAUCUAGGAUUUGCUGAUCCUCUGAAGGUCUGCUGUGGGUAUCAUGUGAAUUUUGACCAUAUAUGGUGUGGAAACAAAGGAAAGGUUAACAAUACUGUCGUCUAUGGUGCCUCUUGUAAAGAUCCAUCGGUCUUCAUAAGCUGGGACGGUGUUCACUAUUCUCAGGCUGCAAAUCAAUGGGUUGCUGAUCAUACACAGAAUGGUUCUUUGACAGACCCAGCAAUUCCUCUUAUUCAAGCAUGUCGCAAGAAGUGA